AAAACAGGGCAUGAUCGGUUCAGCUGUCCCAGGCGAAGUGGAAUUGGCAAUGAACAACAUGGUAACAAGGCGGUACAUGGGCGAAGUCACUAUCAGGCGUUCAAUCAAGGCGUAUAUUGAUACUGGUAGUGAGCAAAACAUUAUUCGGCGAGAAUGUUUUGAAACUCUUGGCGAUUACCAGAUUAACCCAUCUAGCAUAGCGCUGAAAGCUCUCGCCUCUCACUAUGGACAAGGGCAACCGGCGUUAGCAACAAAAGGCGUAGUGCUGACAGUGCAUGAAGGCAAGGCGCAGCUGACUAGCACUGAGAAAGAGAAGGCGGAGGAUUUCAUUCAGAACAUCACCCUGGGCGAAGAUGAGACCGAGGCGCAGGAGGAUGUCACUGUAUCGCCAGGCGAGGAGAGUGAGGGACUGCACCAAGGCGAAACGGGCUAUAUACCUGUAAGUCGAUACGAGCGAAAUGGUGCAGUUGUGGCGAUAGGUAACCAUGUACUGAAAAGCGGAGAUUCUGACGGAUUGAAGGUGCGCAAUCUGGGACACAGGCCACUACAGUGGAAGACUGGACAAGUGGUGGCGAGAGCCGUGAAGAUGAGUGUGGCGAAACCAAAGAAACUAGGCGAGAAAAUUGCCUUGAAAAAUUACAACGGCGUACCUCGAUCUCCGACGACGACGAUCUCUCCGAAUCAAUUAAAACUUUAUAAAAAGAAAAUAGGCUGGAAAAUUGAAAAAUUUCGCGAAGACUUUCACGAUAACGUUAAACCGCCAAGCAACUAA